AUGCGUGUCUCAUCUCUCCUCGUUGUCCUCGCUGCUGCCGGAACCAUGGCACAAAACGCUACAUCCUCGAAGCGAGCAAGCAGCAGCUCGGUUGUGGUUUCAUCUUCAUACAAAACAUCUAACCUCACAUUCACCACAUCUUCCUCUGUCAGGCCAACGACAACCGCUGUAGCUACCACAUCCAAAGCCGCUACGGUCGCUACACCUACACCUACCCCAAAAACGACUUCAGGAGCGAUGAGCGCCCUUGAGAUGAGCAAGUACGUUGCCGGACUUGCUGCUCUCUCAGGGCUUCUAGUUGCCUACCUAUAA